AUGGCUUUCAUGGUGAAGUCGGUGGUGGGGGGACAACUGAAGAACCUAACGGGGGGACUUGGAGGAGAAGAGAAAGGAGAAAGCGAGAAGACCCCAGCGGAAGCCCACGGAAUGACGAGGGAAGAAUAUGAAGAAUAUCAGAAGCAGCUGGUGGAAGAAAAAAUGGAAAGGGAUGCCCAGUUUGCCCAGCGCAAAGCGGAGCGGGCGACGCUGCGGAGCCACUUCCGAGACAAAUACAGGCUGCCCAAGAAUGAAACCGACGACAAUCAGAUCCAAGUGGUGGGGGGUGACGUGGAACUCCCCAAAGAGCUGGCCAAGAUGAUCGAGCAGGAUAAUGAAGAAGAGGAGGAAAGGGACUCUGUUAUCGGACAGCUGACCAAUAUCCAGAACUUGGACCUGGAUUCCCUGAAGGGCAAGGCCCAGGCCACGCUAGAUGACCUGAAGCAAUCCGCAGAGAAGUGCAUUGUGAUGUGA